AUGUUGUCCUCCAGCACUGCUAGUGGAGAAAAGAAUUGUUUCGGUGUUUAUACAGUAUACAAUGUUGGCAAUGCAGCUGCAUUAGAAGUAGAAAUCACAGAUAAUUCUUUCCAUCCUGAUCAUUUCACUCAUGUCAGUGGAGAAUUGAAUGCAAGGAUAGAUCGUGUUCCACCUCAUACAAAUGUCAGUCAUACAGUAGUAGUAAGACCACGUAAGUUUGGAUACUUCAACUUCACAUCAGCAGAAGUUUUAUAUAGACGUAAAGAAGAUGCUCCGAGCUUACAAUUUGCUGCAAGCAGUGAGCCUGGUGAAGCAGUAAUUGUGUCCUUUAGAGAUUACGAUAAACAAUUUUCUUCUCAUGUGCUUGACUGGAUUGCAUUUGGUGUGAUGACGUUGCCUUCGUUAGCUAUUCCAUUUGGAUUAUGGUUCUCUAGUAAAAGUAAAUACGAAAAAUUACUUAAAUCUACAAAGAAACAUUAAAUAUACAUUUAUUUAUGUAAGUUA